UCAAGCAAAACAAAAGGAAAAGAAAAGUCAUGGCGAAAAUGACUAGAACAAAUGGCAAGAAAAAGAAUGGCAUUGUGAAGCUCAAGAUAGUCGCAGAGAAGCUACAGAAGAGUCUUUCAUUAGGCAAGAAGUUAGCUUCUCGAGCUGACGAAUUCGAAGAAGUUAAUGAUUCAACAAAUGUCCCUGAUGAUGUUAAGGAAGGGCAUUUUGCUGUCAUGGCUGUGGAUGAUGAUGAGCUGAAGAGAUUUGUUGUCCCCUUGAGUUAUCUAACACAUCCAACAUUUUUGAGACUCUUGGAACAAGCUGCUGAAGAAUAUGGCUUCGACGUAGAAGGUGCAUUAACUAUUCCUUGCAGGCCAAGCGAGCUGGAAAGGAUAUUGGCUGAGAAAUUGGUGGACGGAAGAGAUUCAAGAGCUAAUGCUGAUUGGUCACGUACUAAAACCAUGGUCAAGAGCUGCUAAAACAUAGUACUAUAGAAUAGCUAGUACUACUGUACCUUAGAGAUUUUAUUUUUUGGGGAUUUUCAUCAUCUUUUCAAGCUUACCACUAUGUGUUGUUCCCCAUCUUUCUUGGGUUGCCAAUGUCAGGCUGCCUUUUCCUGGCCAAAGGAAGUUGGGCAUGUUCUAAUCAGAAUUAAUUCCAUGCAAUUGUUUAUUUGGUUAAUAAG